AUGCAUGACACCGAGCGCACACCUCUAUUUCCUAGAUACGCAAUGAACCCAAAUUUACAAAUAUUCCUUAACAGGAACACCCUGUACCACCGACUACCGUCGAAUAUGGAUACAAGACAUGAAGAAGAGUACAAGGAAUACUACGAUCCUCCUUCUUUUCCCAUUUUCAGCAUCUGCAGACCCAGGAAUCGUUUGAUUCUCACUCUGAUUCUCGGAUUCCUCCUCAUUUUCAUUCUAUUUCUGAUACUGUUUCGUGGCAAUGAGGAGGACAUUCGAAUCUAUACUAAAAUGGAGGAGCUGUCCACAUCUUCGGAAACUGUGAAAAUUCAAGCUCAAACGUUAGCAAUUUCCAAGUCGUCGCUCAAGUCUGGAAUGGAAAAAUAUCUGAAAUCAAUCGAUCCGAAAGAACCGUAUCCAGAUGACGUCAACGCUGUGAAACCACAUCAUAUUCGAGUGAUUGGAGCAAUGGGUGACUCUUUGACUAUUGGUUCUCGCGCACAAAAUAUUUUGGAUGAUACCAGAACGCAAUAUCCUGGUAAUGCCUACUUCACUGGAAUGGAUGCCGAGGUCGAUGGACAUUUGACCAUCUACAACAUUUUCCGAGUUAUCGCAGAAGAAACUGGAAACAAGUUAUACGGCGGAAGCACUGGUGUAGGGUAUGGAGACAAUGCUGGUUUCGAUGUUGCUAUUGGAGGAAUGAAAAGUGAUGAUAUUCUGAGACAAGCGCAGGUUUUGGUGCAGAAAAUUAGAGCUGUCAAAGAGAUCGAUGUUGAGAAGGACUGGAAACUAGUAUCCCUUUGGAUUGGUACCAAUGACGUUGGUGAUCUUGGAUAUGGAGACAGACCACCGAUUCCAGUAGACCAGUACAAAGCCUACAUCGAGAAGGGCAUCUCCUAUUUGAAAGAGAAUCUCCCAAGAACCAUCGUCACUGUCAUUGCCAUGUUCCCACCUCAACUUCUUCAAGAGGCUCACUCAAUUAUGACAACUGGACAUCGUCCGGAUUCUGAAGAGCGCCAGAAGCAACGAGAUGAACUAUCCGAUGGAUACAGAAACGCGUCGUAUAAGAUUCAAAACGAGGGGAAAUUCAAUGACAAGAACUUCACAGUCGUUGUUCAACCGUUUGCCACAGAGUACACAGAUGCAUACGUAGAUCAACAAGGCCACUACAACUCUGCUUUCUAUGCAGUCGAUCUGUUCCAUCUCAGCAAACUGGGCCAUGCGAUUCUUGCCAAACAUUACUGGCAGAAUCUGUUCGAGCCAGUUGGUGAAAAAACAAAGAAGGCGGAUCUGGGAGACACUUCUGAGCACAUUUUUGAACUAGAUGAGGUUGGAUAUUCAGAAAUUACAGUAUAUCAUAUACUUUUUUACAGCACAACUCCUUUAUCAAAACACUUGGAAACAGUAAGCAAUAAUUCUGAUAGUUUGCAAUGUCUAUCGAGAAAAAAUUCGGGUCUUCGGACGAGCUUUUAA